AUGUUCUAUUUCUUUUGUUUUCAACCUGAUUGGUCCCGCAUGGGAUUGGCGUAUCUUUAUUUUCUGGGUUUUAACCGGUACAUCCUUUCUUUUCUCUGGGUCUGGUCUUCGCUCAGUAUGGUGUACUCUGCCCUUGUUACCUGUAUACACCUUUUACUUGAUAGGUCUUGGCAUGGAGAUCGCAUAUGUUUUCUUUUAGUUUUGUGUGCUUCGUUUCCAGCGUAUAUACCUUUCAGCUUUAUCGGCCCUCACAUGAGGAUAUUUUAUAUCUGCUAUCAUUUUUGUCUCCUUCGAGCUGGUGGAGUAUCGAAUUCAACAGAAUCAGCCAUUCCAUCUGAGACGCAAGAUAUCACUCCUUGA